AUGCUCCUCUUCCUCGGCCUGGUCGUCUUCUUCUCUGCCAGCUGUUCCAUGGAGAUGAACCAGACCUCCAAGCUGCUGGUGGAGACCGGGGAGCAGUGCUCGGCCUGUGACUUCAGGGAGCACAGCAAGCAGAUGAGGCUCCACAGCAUCAAGUCCCAGAUCCUCAGCAUCCUGAGGCUGGAGCAGGCUCCCAACAUCAGCAGGGACAUGAUCCGCCAGCUGCUCCCCAAAGCGCCUCCUCUGACGCAGCUCCUGGACCAGUACGACCCUCGGGUGGAGGAGGAGGACCGAGCCACGACGGAGACCAUCAUCACUAUGGCCACCAAGGCGAAUCCGAUCGCCCAGGACGAGUUGUCCUCCUGUUGUCUCUUCAGCCUCAGUCCGAAGAUCCAGCCCAAAAACAUCCUGCGUGCUCAGCUGUGGGUUCACCUGCGACCGGCCGACAUGGUCACCACCGUCUUCCUGCAGAUCUCCCGCCUCAAACCCGGGAAGGAGGGGAACAACACCCGGGUCAGAGUCCGCUCCCUGAAGAUCGACACCGACGCCGGCGCCGGCUCCUGGCAGAGCAUCGACAUCAAGUCUCUGCUGCAGGCGUGGCUGCGUCAACCGGAGACCAACUACGGGAUCGAGAUCAACGCCUACGACUCCAACGGAGAAGAUCUGGCCGUCACCUCAGCCGAGCCGGGAGAGGAAGGACUGCAACCGUUCAUCGAAGUGAAGAUCCUCGACAGCCCCAAGAGGUCCCGCCGUGACUCAGGCCUCAACUGUGACGAGGAGUCUGCAGAGACCCGCUGCUGCCGCUACCCGCUCACUGUGGACUUCGAGGAGUUUGGCUGGGAUUGGAUCAUCGCACCCAAGCGCUACCGGGCCAACUACUGCUCGGGGGAGUGCGAGUUCAUGCACCUGCAGCAGUACCCGCAUGCACACCUGGUGAACAAGGCCAACCCGCGGGGCACGGCGGGGCCCUGCUGCACGCCGACCAAGAUGUCGCCCAUCAACAUGCUCUACUUCAACCGCAAGGAGCAGAUCAUCUACGGGAAGAUCCCGUCCAUGGUGGUCGACCACUGCGGCUGCUCCUGA